UGCGGGGAUGCUCUUUGGACGGCCCUUUGGCUUUGGCUUUGAAUGCGGACGCGCCUCAUCUGCUCCUCUGCAAGAAAGGCCCAUCCCCGAAUACAACGCUGUUCGACCUCCUCCUGCACCUUGCCCACGGCCGGCACAUCCAUCACCUCCAAACCCCCCAGAUCUCCGCCGUCGCGCUGCCGCCCUCGCCCUCGCCUUCGACUUCGAUCCACGGCCCGCCUCGAGCUCCCCCCCGACAAGCCCGCCAGCCCGCCACCGCUCGCUGCAAGUCGCGGCCAGCAAGAGAGUAAUAGGGUAAUACAAAUAGAACCGGUAGAAAAACAAGAGCCUCCCUCUGCCCUUUGUCGUGUCCGUGGCGACGAGACGCCUGUGCGCGGUGCGUGCUUCUUCGCCCUGCGCUCUGGGAUUGCCAC